GCCUUGCCCUUCCGGAGUCCCCCAGGGAUGUUAUAUCACCAACAUUGUUUAAUGUUCAUGUGGAUGACCUCGAAGACUGCAUUCUCAAUUAUCUGGACAUCAAUACGCACAAAUACGCAGAUGACUGCACUCAAGAUGAAGUGAUUCCAUACGGUUCUACUAGCAACAUGCAAGAGGUGCUCGAUGCAAUAAACGACUGGGCACAUAGAAACAAGAUGAAACUUAACGCGAAAAAGACGAAAGACAUGUGGAUCUGCUUUAAAGCUGCAAUUCCGGAACCACCACAUCUUAAAAUUGGCGAUGAUACAAUUGAAAGAGUAAAGUCAUUCAAGUUGCUAGGUCUUUGGAUUGACAAUACCCUUAAAUGGAACACCCACAUUGACGAAAUUGCAAGGAGGGCAAACAAACGCUUAUUCUACCUACGGGAGUGUCGUCGAGCAGAUCUACCAACUAAUGUGGGUUUGACGUGCUAUGAAUCCAAAUUAAGACCGGUUUUGGAAUAUGCGGCCCCAAUUUGGGGUGGCCUGCCACAAUACCUUACUGACGAACUGGAGAGUAUCCAGACUAGAAGCCUGAAAAUUAUGGGUCUACCUUCUGAUUCUCUUCAAUCUCUAGAACAACGUCGGGAUAAACUUUCCAUUCGCGAGUACGAGAAAAUCAUUAAUGACGAAACACACCCAUGCAGGAAGUACAUACCAGACAUGGUGACGAACAAGUAUGAAAAUAUGAAACUCAAAAAGUUCCAAAAAUCUUUAAAAUUUUAA